GGAGGGAGGAGCGCGCGCGACGACAGUCGAACGCAACAAAAAAAAAAAACCUCAUCACCACCACCUUUUCGUAGAGAUCACUCCUCAUUCCACGCACACCCACCCACUCCUUCCCAUUCUUCCCCAAUCCUUGUGUGCUCGCCAGGAACGCCGACGGGAAGGGGUUUCCGGUGCAGGGUUGGGGCCAUACGCGUGGCCACGGCAGCUUUUCCGCGGCUGGCGUUCCGCCGCUGGACCUCUCACCAACCAACACUGCACGCCCAUCAAGCGCAUCGAUCAACACGCGGCAGAAAUGCCUAAACGCGUUCGGACGAAAGCACUUGCCAACGACGCAAUUUGCCCCCCCUACAGCACCAGCAAUAGUGAGCAGGGCUGGCCGAGGCUCUGCUUUUGUGUGUGUAUGUGUGUGUGUGUGUAAUUGCGUUUGCGUGCGUGAAAAUGCCGUUGGUGCGCAAAAAGUAACAGAAACAGGAAAGAAAGCAAAUCACACACGCACGCACGUCGUGAUUCUUGAGCCACCGUGUGCAACCCACUGGUGGACGAUUUGGUGGAGAGAAACAAAAAAAAACAAACAAGAAGAAGAAACAAAACGAAAAAAAAGGGUGUAGGCAGCCACGGAAAACCACGGUGCACACCUACAUGUACAGCGGGCGGAUGAUAUACGCAGUACCGAAAAGCUGUGAAAAUUAAGCUUUUGGUUCAGUGUGUGUGUGUGUGUGUGCCGCCGCAUGUCGAAAUUUUGUUUGGAGACUCAAAGUGUAACCGACAGUGUGUGCUCGCAUCAUGAGUAAGGGAUAUAAGAGAAGAUGCUAAACCAGUGACCGCCCAGGCUUGCCGCGUGACCUGUGACCGCGGACAUUGUGCUGUGUGUACGUGCGUGAAAAGAAGCUUGUGUGCGCGCGUGUGUGUGUGUCUUGUGUGCUGGUGUUUUGUGUUUCCCUCGAAUCUGUCGCGCAAAAUCUUAUCCCCCUCCCCCCCCCCCCCCCCUUCCCGAACCAACAAACAAACAAACGAGAAAACGCACACACACACAACAAAAAAAAACCGAACCUGUAUGAUAACUUAACACCAGCUAACCUCAACCAUGUAUCAAGAGCAAUGCUUGCGGGUGCGGACGGACGAAGAAGCAGAAGCAACGGCAGGAUCAGCAGCAGCAGCAGCGCCCCCAUCAUCGAUUAGCUUGGCCGCGUGUGCACCGGUGCGGGUGCGUUGCCCACCCUAGGAGGGCGGCCGUCAGGGUCCACCAGGACCACCAACGGACACGGAAACUUCCGGCGGAAACUUAAAGCGUAGCAGGGCUUCACAACGCGGUGCGCUUAACUUUUUAAAUCUCUGCCCGCCCCCCCCCCCCACCUCCCACCCGCUGUGCGCUCCCUUCGCCGUCUCCUUGUUCCCCCGAGUUUUCGGGCACCGCCCCACCGUAGCGCGCCGGGGGAAAAGGAUCGAGUUUUGUCGGAGAGAAAACAAAAAAAAAAAUAGCGGACAGAAAGAGGAACAAACAGCUUCCGAAGAACAGUUUUGUGCCACAAACUUGCCCAAGCACUUGCCCAAGAGACUUGCGAAACAAAGUGAAGCUGGCCCAGUAUGCCCCAGGCGUUGGCUUAUUACUGGAUGUAAAAAAACAAAAACAAAAAAACAAAAAAACGUGUGUGCGUGAUUGUGAGGCAGCAAAGUGUCGUUCGCUGGUGCAAGCUUCUUAGCAAAACUUGCUUAAUCGAAUCGUUAGCGGACUGUGAGUUUUUUUUUGUUGUUGGGGGGGGGGUUUGCGCCUGCGGAAACUCCAACACAAACACACACCGAGCGGGUCCGCGCUGGGGCGGAGGGGCGUGAGCUGCACGGCAGCGUUGGACGGUUCCGGCAGGCGAGCCGGGGCCGGAGGAACAUCAUACGCCACCGGGCGGUACAGGAUGGUGGUGGCGGCGGCGGAACCGCGCCGGAACCGGGGCAGUGGCCGGUCGCACCGCUGUCUGGUCGCGCUGGCCGGGUUCGGCGUGCGGCUGGGCCUGAUCGUACCCCUGCUGACGGUACCGCUCUUCCUGGGCAUCGCGCACGGUGAGGAGCAGACAACGGAGAUCACGUCGGAGGGCGUCGGGCACUACAACGGCAAGUCGGAGCAAUCGGGGCCGCCGGGGCCGAAUCAGCUCGGCGCAGCCUGGCAGAUAUUCGGCUCGAACUCGAUGCGGCAGCCGGGGGGCGAGGGCCGGGUCGUCAAGACGAAGCCGCGCAAACCGAAACCCUACCAGAAGGACAUCCGGCCGCAGCUGCCGCCGGGUAAGAUCAUGAUGGCGCCGCCCCGACGGCGCACCUUCCACCAGGCGACCCAGUACCCGAAGAACGCCUCGAUCGCGAUCGACCGUAGCGCGGGGCUGUCGCACCACCCGAUCGGGAGCCACGCGGCCGGUGGCAACGUGUACGGCUCGAUGUCGCACUACGACACGGUGUACGGUAUACGGGGGGUCGAGCGGCGAGACAACGAUGGCUUCCGGCCGUUCGAGCGGUACGGGCCGAGCGCACACCUGGGCCACUACCACAUCCAUCCGGACGAUGACAUAUUCCGGCCGGACGAGGAGCUGCUGAUGGAGUCGGGCGGAGGCGGCGGCGGCGGCGGAGCGGGUGCCGCCGGCAAGGCGGAUGGGCUGGCCGGGAUCGAGAGCUGCGACAUCAAGUGCGAGCCGCGCGAGUUCACCUGCGACAAGAGCUGCGCCUGCAUCCACAUGGAUCUGCACUGCGACGGGCAGGCCGACUGCGUGCUGACCGAGGACGAGCAGAACUGCGAGAUAGUGCACCAGCGGCUGGCCCAGCAGAUCAAGGACAACUGCGAGACGAGCGGCACGCACGUGAUCUGCGCCACCACGCACACCUGCAUCUCGCGCGACUGGCUGUGCGACGGGGACGACGACUGCGGCGACUACACGGACGAGACGCACUGCGGCAACCGGCACGACUGCACCGAGGAGAAGUUCGAGUGCCAGAACGGGAUGUGCAUACCGCGCGACUGGGUGUGCGACGGCGACAACGACUGCAACGACCUGUCGGACGAGAAGAACUGCACCAAACAAUGUACGCGGGACGAGUUCCGGUGCAAGGAUGGGUCCUGCAUCUCGGCCUCGUUCCAGUGCGACGGCGAGACGGACUGUAUCGACGAGUCGGACGAGGCGAACUGCGACCGGCCGAUGCAGAGCUGCCCGGAGGGCGAAUUCAAGUGCAAGGGCGCCCUGGGCGGUAUGGGCGGCCCGGGCGGCCGCUGCGUCCUGAUGCGGUUCCGGUGCGACGGCGACAACGACUGCGGCGACUGGAGCGACGAGGAGAACUGUGCGAAGAAGCAGGUCGACUGCAUGAUCAACGAGUUCAAGUGCGACGAUGGCGACUGCAUUCCGCUGCAGUGGCGCUGCGACGACAAGCAGGACUGCAACAACGGCGAGGACGAGAAGAACUGCCCGGUGGAUCGGAUCGCCGGGCGGACCUGCUCGCCGGACGAGUACACGUGCAAGGAUGGCCGCUGCAUACUGCGAUCCUGGGUGUGCGAUGGUUCGGCCGACUGUCGGCGCGGCGAAGACGAGCAGGACUGCGACAUCAAGUGUGAGCUGAACCAGUUCCUGUGUCCCUCGGGCAGCCGAAAUAGUACGCGCGAUUCCAGCGUGUGCAUCAACCAGAAGCACGUGUGUGACGGCCACACCGACUGUGCGAACGGCGAGGACGAGAUGCGCUGCCCGAUCGUGCACCCGUGCGGGGCCCACUCGCGCUGCGAGCAGCUCUGCAUCACGGCGUACAGCGGUCGGGAGGAGUGCAUGUGCCGGCCGGGGUACCUGCUCCACGGCAACGGCUACAACUGCACCGACAUCGACGAGUGCAGCAUCACGAGCAAUCCGGUCUGCUCGCAGGAGUGUCUGAACGUGGCGGGCAGCUUCCGGUGCUCCUGCCAGCCCGGCUACGUGCUGCGGCCGGACCAGCGCACCUGCAAGGCGGUCGGCGGCUCGGUGAAGCUGCUGAUGGCGAACCGGGCCGACAUACGGCAGGUGUCGCUCAGCAACAACCAGUACACCUCGAUCGCGAAGGGCCUGCCGAACGCGAUCGCGCUCGACUACCACUACCGGCAGGAUCUGCUGUUCUGGACGGACGUGUCGAUCGACGUGAUCAAGCGGUCGCACCUGAACGGGAGCGGCGUCCGGGACGUCAUCAAGUGGGGGCUGGAGUCGCCGGGCGGGCUGGCAGUGGACUGGAUACACGAUCUGCUGUUCUGGACGGAUUCGGGCACGCGCCGCGUCGAGGUGUCGACGCUCGACGGCCAGAUGCGGGCGGUGAUUGCGGCGAGCGAUCUGGACAAGCCGCGCGCGAUCGCGGUCCAUCCGGGCCGGGCGCUGGUGUUCUGGACCGACUGGGGCACGGCGCCGAAGAUCGAGCGCGCGUUCAUGGACGGGUCCGACCGGCAGACGAUCAUCGCGGAGGCCAUCUUCUGGCCGAACGGGCUCACGAUCGACUACACCAGCAGCCGGAUCUACUGGGCGGACGCGAAGCACGUGAUCGAGAGCGCCAACUUUGACGGGCGGGCCAGGCGCAAAAUCCUGAGCAACAACCUGCCGCACCCGUUCGCGCUCGCCCUGUUCGAGGACUCGAUGUACUGGACGGACUGGCACACGAAAACCAUCUCGACCGCGAGCAAGGUGAACGGGCGCGGCUUCCGCGUCGUGCACGAGGGGCUCCACUUCCCGAUGGGCAUCCAGAGCUACCAUCCGUCCCGCCAGCCCGACUUCACCAACCGGUGCGCGGCGGACAAGAACGGCCGCAAAGGGGGCUGCUCGCAUCUGUGCCUGCCGGCCCGCACGCACCGCCGCUGCGCCUGCCCGAUCGGGCUGACGCUGCGCCCGGACCAGAAGACCUGCUCGACCGUGCCGGACAAGCUGCUGCUGAUCGCGCGCAAGAAGGACGUCCGGGUGCGGCAGCUCGAUGCGGCCAACCCGGUCGACAUGGUGCUGCCGCUCGACGGCAUCAAGUCGACCGUCGCCGUCGACUGGUGCAGCCGCACGAACGUCAUCUACUGGACGGACGUCGGCAAGAGCAUGAUCAGCCGGGCGUUCAUCAACGGCAGCCAGCAGGAGGCGAUCGUGAAGGCGAACCUGAUCUCGCCCGCCGGUCUCGCCCUCGACUGGGUGACGGACAAGAUCUACUGGACGGAUCCGGGCACGAACCGCAUCGAGGCGGCGACGACCGACGGGCGCCAGCGGGCGCUGCUGAUCUGGGAGCGGCUGGACAAACCGCGCGACAUCGUGGUGCACCCGGGGGAGGGCUACAUGUUCUGGUCGGACUGGGGCUCGAACCCGCUGAUCGAGCGGGCCGGGAUGGACGGUACCGGCCGGUUCACGCUCGUGUCGGAGAAUCUGCAGUGGCCGAACGGGCUGGCGCUGGACGUGGACAAGCAGCGGCUGUACUUCCUGGACGGUGGUACGAAAUCGCUCGAGUACGUCAACUACGACGGCACCGGGCGCAACCGGCUCAUCACCGAGGGGCUGAAGCACCCGUUCGGGCUGGACGUGUACGAGAAGCGCGUCUACUGGACGGACUGGGACACGCACAGCAUCCAGGUGGCGAACAUGUACAACGGGCACGAUCGGCGCACGAUACUCGCGAACAACACCGACCUGAUGGACAUACGCGUGUUUCACCGGAACAGGCGCGACUCGCGCAACCCGUGCGCCCACAAGAACGGUGGCUGCUCCUACAUCUGUCUGCUGAACCCGACCAGCUACAGCUGUGCCUGCCCGAUCGGUAUCCAGCUGAAGGAUAAUGGUAAAACGUGCAAGAGCGGCCCCUCCAACUAUCUGGUGUUUGCGCACCGUACCGAGGUGCGGCAGGUGUCGCUCGACAGUGACUAUCAGAUCGACGUGGUGCUGCCGCUGCCCCCGAUCUCGAACGUGGUCACGCUGGACGUCGAUCGGCGCACGGGCGAGAUCUACUGGGCGGACACGAUCGAGGACGUGAUCAUGCGCUCCACGCCGGACGGCAUGCGCAUCAAGCAGAUCUACAGCGAGAGCAUGACCAGCGUGGACGGGCUCGUGAUCGACUCGAUCGGGCGCAAGCUGUACUGGACCGACGCCGGGCGGAAGGUGCUGGAGGUGAGCGACCUGGAGGAGGGCAUACGCAGUGCGCUGGUGUGGAAGGAUCUGGAGCAGCCGCGGGGCAUCGCGCUCGACUACGAGUCGGGCUACCUGUUCUGGUCGGACUGGGGCGCCAACCCGCGCAUCGAGCGGGCCGACAUGGACGGGGAGAACCGGGUCGAUCUGAUCACGGAGGGGCUCGGCUGGCCGAACGGGCUGGCCGUCGAUCGGGCGGCAAAGCGGAUCUACUGGGCCGACGCACAGAUGAAGACGAUCGAGUCGUGCACGCUGAGCGGUGGGGCGCGCACCAAGGUGGUGGAAAAUUUGCCCCACCCGUACGCACUCGCCGUCACCGGGCGCACCAUCUACUGGACGGAUUGGAUCACCAAGGCGCUCCACUCGGUGCCGAAGGGCAACCCGGCCCACAUCCGGAACGUUACGCACGGGCUGGAGGGCCUGAUGGAUGUGAAGGUGGUGCAGGAGGACGAUGAGCGCCAUCUGGAGAAUGUGUGCGGGGCGGGCAACGGGGGCUGCUCGCACCUGUGCCUGCGCAAUCCGACCGGCUACUCGUGCAAAUGUCCGACCGGGCUGACGAUGCGGGAAGGCAGCACGACCGACUGUAAAACCCUGCCGGACGAGUACCUGCUGAUUGCAUUGCGCUCGGGCAUUGGGCGCAUCUCGCUCGACACGCCGGACCUGUUCGAUGUGGUGCUGCCAAUCGAGGGCGUGCACGGUGCGGUCGUGCUGGACUACCACUUCGACAGCAUGUACGUGUUCUACGCCGACGUGAACGUGGACGCGAUCCGGCGCGUCAACAUGCACAACUACUCCGACACGCAGGUGAUCGUAUCGAGCGGGCUGAACACACCGAACGGCAUCGCGGUCGACUGGCUCGCAGACAACCUGUACUGGACGGACACGGCCCUGAAGAAGAUCGAGGUCGCCCGGCUGGACGGCUCGUGCCGGAAGGCCAUUCUGACCGACGGGCUGGACGAUCCGCGCUCGAUCAUCCUCUAUCCGAAGCGGGGCUUCGUCUUCUGGGCCGACUGGGGCCAAACGCCCAAGAUCGAGCGGGCGUACAUGGACGGGUCCGAGCGGCGUAGCAUAGUCGACUUCGAGCUCGGCUUCCCGACCGGCCUGGCCAUCGACUUCGACGCGAAGAAGCUGUACUGGGCGGACGCACUGCAGGAUCGGAUCGAGCUGUGCGACUUCGACGGGCGCCGACGCCAGCAGGUGGUGUCGCACGCGACCCAUCCGUUCGGGUUCACGCUCACCGCGACGCACCUGUACUGGACCGACUGGUACAACAAGUCGGUACUGCGCGCACCGAAGCACAGCGUGUCGAGCGUCGAGGUGGCACGGUUCAGCUUGCGUGGUGCGCUCGAGAUACGGGCCGUGUCGGGGCAGCGGCAACCGCACGACUGGAACCCGUGCCGCAGCGACAACGGCGGCUGCUCGCACCUGUGCCUGUACGCCGAGACGCGGUACGUGUGCGGCUGCCCGGACAUACCGGACGCACAUCACUGCGACCCCGAGCCGGCCAUCCUCGUGGCGAUGAAGCCGAACGACGAGAUGCUGUCGGCGAGCGAGGAGAAACCGCCCCACUCGAACGGCUCGAUCGUGCUGAGCAGCAGCCGAAUGCACGCGCAGCUAGUCAUCAUAGCGACCGCCAUCUUGGCCGGGCUGCUUAUCAUCGUCAUCAUCGCCAUCUUAGUGCUGAUUGUCAACUCGAAACGCAAGCAGAGUAAGAAAAGCUCGCGCAGUGCCAGCGACGUGCUGACCUUUACCAACCCGAACUACAACGGCAUCGAGGGUCUCUGCCAGACCGGCGAUUCCGGCUCGUCGCGCAACACCAUCUGGAAGCGGCUGAAGUACGAUCGGGCACAGGAGCGUGUUUUUGAGGAGAAGUAUCUGGGCGUCCAGCAUCACGGUACCAGCAACGGUAGCUACCUAGCGUCGACGCCCACGUCCCAGAUAACACCGGUGUCGGCUGUUCUGCCCGUCUAAAGCGUUCUAAGCUUUUCGGGGGCAUGCCAGUCCUUGUGGGUGUAUAGUUCCUGCUGUUCGCACGAGGCGAUUCAUUGACGAUACCCGAAUUCCGAACACAUCUAAGGGCAGGCUGAGGACGAGCGGCAUGGGAAAGGGGUUGUUUUUACUCUCCUUCCUGCCGGUAUCUCCUCUUGCAGUUCUGCUACUGGCGAGGAAGACAAAAAAACCUAAAACCACAUACAUAUACAUAUAUAUAUAUAUUAGAGAACAGAGCCCUGAGAGGAAAACGGAACACGAACCUUAAACUGCUCAAGCAAGAAUGUUAUAUACAUUACAGACUGGGACACAAAUUGGGAAUGUUAUGACUAUUACAGGCAGCUAAAUCACAACAUCGUUAAAUCGAAAAGAAAGAAACAAACAAAAAAAAACACACACACACAUUACAGAACUUUACAGAAUAUUAAGAUAACAUUUCAAUUCAAUGAAAUAUUCUAUAGCGUUUGCAACGCAGCAGCAACUCGUUGCUAGAUGGUGUCCCCGGGCAGUGGCCUUGGGGAGCCUGCGGGGAGGAAAUGUACUGGAAAAGCUGUGAGCUAAAAUACAUACCGGUGGUCCGGCACCAACCAGUUGGUCCCCACAGGUUUAGGGUCAUUCGUUUCCGUUUGAUACUUCCGUUUGAAGCGUUGCAUACUCCCAUACAUAUGCGUAAACAUGCUGUGAACUAUCCCGGUGGUGGCGAAAGAGAUAAAAAUAUAGACGAAAAGGGAAAGAGAGAGAGAGAGAAAGGGAAAGAGAGAGAGAGAGAGAAAGGGAAAGAGAGAGAGAGAAAGAGUAGUCGCACCACCGACAAAACAAACCGUAAAGCAAACGAUUCCAUUACACGUUUGUCAAACAACACAUCUUUGCCCACAUCGGGCCAUCUUUUCCACCUACGCUCGGUUCACUGUAUCCAUUCAAAAAAGAAAAAGAAGAAGAAGAAGAAGAAGAUGUUGAUGAUGUUUAGGAGAUAUGCACAAAACAAUACUGGCAGAGAUUGCUGAGACCUCCUAAAAGAUGAUCUUUUGCUCCAGCAAGAAGCUGUCGUCUUAAUAUCUUCGUGCGUGUGUGCGUGCAUGGCUGUGUAAAUACACCCACCCAUACACAUUCACACACACACACACUCAACGCAAACACGCAAAGACAUUCGAGCAGCAAUUACCGCCAGGUUGAAUGUGGGGAAGGGUGACCUACGCGAACCCGUUUUAGAAGCUAAAUUUGUAUAUUUGUAGGUGAUCUGUACACGUGUACUAUGUGUUUUCAAUUCAUUCUGCAUGAAUUUGUAACUAAGGAAGAGUAAAAGGAAGGAGACGACGAAGAAGGAUGAAGAAUACAAAAUACCAUACCACGAAAUGAAGAGAAAGAGGAAGAAAACAGCAACAAACAUACAAAUACAAAUACAAACAAGGGCAACGAGAUCGUGGUGGUAUAGGGCGAGGGCGAACUUGAUACGACUAUAUAGGAGGCUGUGUUGUGUACCAAUCUGACGUGUGGGUGCGCGCGUAUGUGUGUAUGUGUGUGUGUGUGUGUGUAAGUGACGGUUCUAGUGGCGAACGUUACUUAGCAAGCGCUUGCACUUUGCUUGCUAGACGUCAGCGUACGUCAGACGGUUGGAUCUGUACAGUGGGGAGGGCCGCAUCGCCUCUUGUCCCCGUGCGUCGGUGGCUCCGGACUGCGGGACCAGCGUAAGAGGUGGUGCGUUAACAUCCAACGUCUCAAAAUUCGGUUGUUAAUUAGUGGAUGUGUCUAUAAUCGUACACACACACACACUCACACACAGACACACCCCGCGGCAGCUCAAAACUCAUAACUCGAGUGGCAACGCAUGUUGUGCUCCGAGGUUUACUACGUUAUUAGUAGCGAUACAUUAGAGCGACGGCUCAGGCUCGAGCUUGAGCAAACAAACAGACAAACGAACAAAAAUGGAGGGGCCGACACCAGGCAGCCGCAGCCGAAGUUUGGCCCCGGAUGCGGACGCUCUGGUCGCUCGCAGGACGCGUUACGGCGUUCUUCGUUCAGUUUUACCCAAAGCACACUUGUUUCAAAGCUACCAAGCGCUGCUCUGUUUAGCAUGUUGAGACUAUUGACUGAUUAUCGAUGUAUGUAUCUAGUUUAACCGGACGACGAUGUUGGAGGGGCGGGUGGUAUGGGGGCUGUGCAAGGGAUGGUUUGAUGCAAACCAACGCCACCCGUGGACGUGGUCGGAACGAUGAGUAAAGGGGACGAACGCAGCUUUACGAUUCUUGGUGGUCUUUGUGGUGAUCGGGUCCUCGGUGCACCGACCUUGGACGAUUGGCUGGAGCUGGGCACAUCGAGUUUAAACUUUUUGUUGUUUUGCGGGAUUUAAGGAUACCGAAGGAUACAAACCCCAAAACACUGCUCAUACCUCCCCUCCCCUCUGUUGGCGACCGAACGUUUUGCCGCGUGGUUUGGUGUGCCCCGUCUGGGGGCCCUACCCGACAGGGGAAGGAGAGAUUGAAACAAAACAAAAAAAAGAAAUUAAGAAAAGCCAAGCAAAUACGGAACAAACUUAUUUGUAAAUACUGUGUGCUACAAGGGCAAAACACAAACACACAUGCACAUAUUACACUUUACACAAACAAACAGAGCAACAUGGCGAGAUUGUCAUCGGAGUAGUGUGUUGACGUGCAGCAAUCAACACAGUUGAUUGACAGUGCAACAACGUGCCAAACAUCGAAUCGGAUCGAUUAGACGAGUUUUAGGUUUGUUCGUUAGCUUGCAGCGCGCACUUGGGGACAGCAGGCGAAACCUGCGGGGCCCAGUCUAGCUCCAAUUUUCUGUGGAUACACUCAGCGGUAGCUUUCUCGCCUGCAUGCAGCCGGCUGGGUGGAGGUGGACACUGUCGGUGGUCCGUUUGCACUGCUUACGGCGCCAGAGGCUCAAGAAGGUUGUGCACACAACCUGGAACGCUUUAAGCAGAUGCAUCACGGGCACCAACAGGCGUGUACCCGUGCCUACCAGUGCGCUGCGUUUGCUGCGUGCUACAGCCGAGUGUCUCCUUACGCCCGCGGGUUUCCGAGCCGUCUCCGAAGGCGUGUGGAAUGCGUCGAAGAAUUCGAAGGAGAAGAAAAAACAACACUUAAACAGUUGAAGACAGUGUGAGGACAACAAUUGAACAUUACCUUUCCAAAAAUAUUCUAAAAAGCUGCAUAAUGUUUGCACGACUGUUUUACCGCUCACGUUCAACACAUCGUAAGAGAUACUCACCAGGACAACUCGACCAGUCUGCUUGCUAACUGUCUGCACAACACAAACGGAAACGGCACAGAAAACAGGCAAAAGUACACAAUCUCAAUCUUGGUAAAAGGAGCAGACAAACAAUGCAUCAAACUGUUGCAUUGCGAGUAACUAAUAACUUUACGGUACUUGAAACACAGGGCAAUACAUUCUAACCGGACGGUGUCUAUCGUUUCCAUAGCUGUGCGUGUGUGGCAAGAUUGGGCAGCAGAGGCCGAACUCCUAGCAAGCUCUACGCUCCCGCAAAGCAAACCGUUGCUGCGGCAAACUUGGCACCAGCUUGGUGCCCUCAAUCAAGGGGCUCUACAUUGAGGCUCACACUAGGGGGCCAGGUUUGACCCCACCCCGAACGGUUUACGGGUGCGCUUUAGGGGCGUUUGUUGAUUGUUGCAAAAACGAAGAAGAAAAAAAAACUCAUUUGCCUCAUCGUUCAUACAAUCUGUUCGAACGUGUUACUAUUCUCUUGGCUCAAGACCUGAACUGGAACAACAGCAGUUACUACUUGGUACUUAGCGUGGCUAAACGUCAAGUUUAAGAUUAAAAAAAAUAAAUAAAGUAAACACAAAAAACAACAAAACCAAAAGAAGCGACGGGCUGUUUGCGAUGUUAAAUUGCGCGUGAUGGAGAGGAAAGGGCAACAUAAACAAAGCAAACAAAAACACAGAAGCGAAAACGCAUGCAUUCAUGCUAGGUUUUUUGAAUCCGCGAAACGCAUCAUCAGAAUGCGCGUUUUAGUGCAGCCGUACCGUGGGAAGGUGCGGAUUUUGGUUUGUUUGUGCUGAGUAGCGUGUCGGGGAAGCAACACAACAACACAAAUGCAUGUUUUUUCGGGAAAUUUACGAUAGGGUUGGUAAGCGACGGUGACGCUCCACAGGGCAAUGGUAGAAGUGCGCUCGGGGCAAUCACGCUCAAUGGCUCUAGAGGGAUUCGCUGCUGGCACUUCCAUUGUUGCCCGCUGCACGCUGCAUGGGCGAGGUGCGGCUAGUGCGCCGCGGGGCGAAGGUGUUGGAGUAUUUUAUUAAUUUAUUUGUUUGUGUUACUUUUUUACGGACACAGUAUAUGAUAUCAUCGGGAAGGUUACAAAUCGGCCGUCCCAGUUUAUAUAUGUAAAAAACAAAAUGAAAAACACAAACACACACACACACGCAAAGAAAAGCCGCAGGCUUAAAUAAAGGCGACGGGGAAGAAAUCCAUUGGAUGGGUCGCGUUGGGUAUGCGAACGAAUCUCGCGGAGUGAAAUUUGCGCAAGGCUCUACAAAUUUUAUUGUCGCCGAGAUAUUCGCAGGGGGGGGGGGUAUAUGACAACAACAAAAACAAACACUCACAUACACACUGAGAUUUAGUAUAAGCAAGAGGCUCGGAAUGGGGCAUAGAGAGAGAGAGAGAGAGAGAGAGAGAAAGAGCGAAAGAGAGAGAGAAACCAUAGCGUAGAGCGUUCCAAAUGCUACAACAGUAAAUGAAUUAUGAUGUAAAACGGAUGUGAAUAAUUUAUUACCUACCUUAUAUAGUGUUAUAAGGAUAAUACAAGUUUUGGCAGGGUUAUAGACAAACAAACAAAAAAAAAACUGGCUUGUGAACAAACAAAAUGGGGGAGACCGAAGAAAGCCGCAACGCUUCGUUCGGAUCUCUUGUUUGAUGCUCAUUUUAAACAUUAUUUGUAGGGUAUAUCUUAGGAGGUCCAGUUAAAGUGGACAGUAAGGAUCAUCUACGCAAUGCAUUUAACGAAAGGAAAAAAAAAACACACAACAGUACGUAUGAUUUUUGCUAACACACAGUGUGAACACAAUACUACAACACUGCAACAGUCGGUUGCAAAGCAAACAGAGCAAACCUACACUAACAAACACAUGAGAGAUUUUGCGAUGGGAAACGAAGGAAAAGGCGUUCCAACCGUAACUCUGGUACACGAACCAGGUGCAUGCUAAUGCCGUUCGGAUAAGGUUUAGAAAGGCAAAACUAAACACACACACACACAUACGCACUCACACACAAACACAGAUCACAUUUACAAGCGAGUGAAACAGAGAGAAUCGAAGAAUGAUAUAAUGGUUGAAUGGAGGCGGUACCGCGCAUCUAACGUAAGAUUGAUUGUAAUGGGGAAGUAUAAAAAUUUGAUAACCUCGAAGAGGGCAUAGCAAGAGCGUAGCAAACAAAACGAGCAACAACAAAAAAAAAACGAAGACGAGUCAAACGAUACACAAACACACACACACAUGAAGGUCAGUGAGUCUAACUCACAAAUGAUUCAGAUGAUAUUUAUAUUUUUAAAAAGAAAAACCAAACAAAAAAGUGAAUAGUCCUGCAUUUAUUAGGAACAAAAGAGGAAAAAAGUCGUUUAAACUACAAACAAAAAAAAGAACAGCAUGCGGAAUGGGCAAAUGCCGUUGGCGUGGACAGAGUGGAACAGAUUGAACGGUGGUAGAGCGAGAAAGCGGAGGGAAACAGCGAAAACAAUUGAGCGGACACGAGCAAAUAAAAGGGAAAAAAAGAUAAGGGGGUUGAAGAAACCAGUUCUCAAAUCAAUGUAUAUUAGGAAUUUAACAAGACAAACCAAUACCAGAAAACACAAAAUCACAAAGAAAACAACACCAUACACAAUACAGACACACACACACACACGUACACAUGAAUACAAACAGACAAAUGCAAACAAAUCGAAGCAACAACAAAAAAAAAACAA